AUGGCGACUCACAUGUCAGCAGCUCCGCUGCCAGCAACCACCGGCCGGACCCACGCGCGGGGUCCUCAGGACACCACACCGACUGAAGAUAUCGCGAACCCUAUGCCGACCGUGAAUCGCAAGAAACAGAAGCGCCGACAGAAACAAGCUGCCCGCUUAGCUGCGGAACACCCCGACGCGUUGGCCUCUGGGGAUAUUGAUUCACUCGCAGCAGAUGAGCAGCAUUCCUUGCACGGUGAUCGCGUUUCUGAACAUUCGGAACACCACCAUACAACACCCGGUGCUGCGUAUCAAUACGUCUCAUCGCAUCACCCCAAUGACCCGCCCAUGAUUAACGGACCCCAUCACCCCGGCGCUACCCCGGCCGAGACCUCGAAAACGAGGAAGAGCAGGAAGAGUCGCUCUGGUUCCCACAAUAUGGGCGAAGGCAGCUCAACGCCACUUUCAACUCCGUCCGCAUCCCACUCCCACUCCCACCCUCCACCGCCUCCCCAGACCUUACCAUACAUCAAUCGGUUUACCGGAAAGCCUAUGAAAAACAGCAGCAUCUGGAAUCAGUCUUCCCUAGAAGAGCGCGAGAACAUAAGAACUUUCUGGUUUGAGCUCGGCGAGGAAGAGCGCAGACAGCUUGUUAAGGUCGAAAAGGAUGCUGUGCUGAAGAAGAUGAAAGAGCAACAAAAGCACUCCUGCAGUUGUACGGUUUGCGGAAGGAAGCGAACUGCAAUUGAAGAAGAACUCGAAGUGCUCUACGACGCUUAUUACGAAGAACUCGAACAAUACGCGAACAAUAACCAAGGCGCAUUCGAAGAAGGGGCUCCCAUAAUUCCUCCGCCUCGGCUUUAUCAACCGCCACUUCGACCACCAGGGCAACAUACGCGCACUCACGGCCAAUAUCAUCCGUCUCGGAGUCGUGUCCAGGAACUGCCUGAAGACCACGAAGAAGAGAUAGAAGAGGACUAUGAGGAGGAAGAAGAGGAGGAUGAGGAGGAAGAGGACGAGGAAGACGAGGAAGAGGAUGAUGAAGAGCUUUACAGUGACGAUGAUCUUGAGGACAAUGAAGCUCGGGCGGCCCGGGCUGACUUCUUCGCAUUUGGAAACAGCCUGACUGUGAAAGAUGGGAUACUCACCGUUGCUGACGAUCUACUGAAAAAUGACGGAAAGCAUUUUAUUGAUAUGAUGGAGCAAUUGGCAGAGCGAAGGAUGCAAAGAGAAGAAGACACCCAGUAUGGAAUAGCUGCUGCACAUCAGACAUUUCAUGGGCACAAUCAUGGUCCUUUGGACGAGGAUGAUUACGACGAUGAGGAAGAAGAUGAGGAUUACGAUAGCCAAGAGGAGGAAGAGUUUGAUGAAGAUGAGAUGGUAGGGCUCUCAUAUCUAUACCCAUUGACUAUGGUCGCUAAUCAAGAACAGGAUGCCAUGACUGAGGAACAACGCAUGCAAGAAGGUCGACGAAUGUUUCAAAUAUUCGCUGCCCGCAUGUUUGAGCAGCGAGUCAUGACAGCAUAUCGAGAGAAGGUCGCCGAACAACGCCAGAAACAGUUGAUUGACGAGCUUCUUCAAGAGGAGACGUUGAACGAGCAGCGGAAUGCCAAGAAAGCUAGGGAGGCGCAAAAGAAGAAGGACAAAAAGCGCUUACAAAAGCAGGCCAAGGAAGAGGAGAAAGCUCGUCGAGAUGCUGAGAAGGCUGCUGAAGAGGCGGCCGCCAAAGCUGCCCAGGAGAAGAAAUCCGAGGAACAGCGGUUGAAAAGGGAAGAAGCACGGAAGAAGCGCGACGCUGAGAAGAAGGCUCAAGACGAAGAUCGUGCUCGCAAAGAAGCGGAUAAGCAACGACGACUCAAAGAGGAACGGGAGCGACACGCUGAAGCCGAACGCAAGCAACGGGAACAGAAAGAGGAAAAGAAAAAGCGAGAGGAGGCCAAGCGCAAAGAGAAGGAAGAUCGUGAGAUCGAGGAGAAGAAGGCCAAGGAAGAACUGGAGCGCAAGACACGGGAAGAGCUGGCGCGAAAGGAUCGAGACGCAGCGCGAGAACAAGAAAUCCAGGAUCGUGGUAGCAGGCGUGAACACCUCAGAACGUCACCUCCUCACACACUGCCCGGCGUCAUUCCAUAUUCUUUCCAGUCUCAGCCUCCCCCAGGUUUCACACAGUCCCCACAUUAUCCAAUGGCGACACCCGUCGUUCCCAAAGUCUCGACUCCAGCUCGACCUCGCCAACCCUCUUAUCAUGGCUCUUCCACAUCCUCUCCUCAUUCGCAACCUAACAGCGCUGACUCCCACCAUCCUUCAAUCUCCCCACGCUCCAUGGGUCAUGCACAAUCCGGGGGUCCUUUGGGUGCCAGGCAAGCCUACCAACAACCUCCACUGCAUCACCCUCAACCUUCCGCCCCUCUUUCGCCUCUAGGACGAUCAAAUCCUCCAGCAUUCCCUGGCCUCGGUGGCCUACCGUUCAAUCCGCCCGGUAUACCCGGGAUGGCUCCUAGGUCAACCCUUCCACCAGAAUCCAUGUAUUCGUCAAACGGAGCAAUGAUUAACCCUUUGCGAUCAUUCAACGGUAGUGGUGGAAUUGCAGCACCACCUGGGAUGAAUGGUGUUCGCCCCGUUCCACCAGGUCGUGCAUUCCCAUCUGAUCCCGGACAUGGCCUUACUUUUGCCAACAGCCACGGUGUGCCCGGUGCAUUCCCACUGCAGCAAGCAGGCCUAUCCAAGACACACUCCAGGCAAGCUUCUACUUCGUUCGACCGCUCUCCGCUAGAAUCAGGCAGCCAACCGUUCCCGAUAACAAGGCCGAGCCCGAUCAAGCGCCCUUCUAGCUCAGCACACGAUCAACGGGAGCACGGCAACUCUUCAAUGCAACGAGAGGUUGAUGGCUUGAGUGCGCAUCUGGGUAGCAGUGCUCUUCUUGAUGAUACCGAGGUCACUUAUCCGCCAAACCUGUCUCAGUCAUUGCCCGGUGCUCCUGCGCCUGGUCCAUUCCCAGGCCCAACAAGGGCUAGCUUCCAAGGUGCCUCGCUGUUUGCAGAGCCUCUGGGAUCGCCUCAGCCCAACUUUGCGGUUGGCUCUCCCAUGGGAAAUAGUACAUGGGGCGCGCCCUCGCCUUUCGGAGGCUCGGCGUUUCCGGGGGCUUCUUCCACUUGGGGACCUGCUGCGGCCGGGACUGGCGGUUGGCCUCCCAGUAAUGCAUUCGCAGCCAACGCUUCUCACCGACCGCACACCUCGCGACCUGUCACAAUUCGGUUGUUGGUUAUUCAGGCCUGUAAACAUCUGAACUCAACAAGGAGUCCCCAUAACGACGGAGGCUACCAUGAUGUGAACCUUGUGCUUGAGCAAGUAGACCAGCUACGCAGCCCCAAGGAACCCUCUAUCUCGCUGGACGAACUGCUUGAUAUCUGUGACACGGAAGGCAACCCGCAGAACGGCGGUGGCUCUUUCUCGGUCAAGGAAGGCCCUGGUGGCCGGUCUGUGCGAUUCGAGCCUGAUCCCAAUAGCGCAAUCCCUGGCCACAGAGGGAGCAUUGUUCCCGGUGAUAUUGGCAGUCCUGUCCCUUCGAACAGUCAUCCAGCCCCCUUUGCUGGAUUCGGUGGCCAUUCUGGAUUGCGGAAGUACUCUUCACCUCCGACUGGGCUAUUCGGCGGAGCUCCCUUGUCCUGA